AUGUCAUCAAUUCCUUCUUCUCCAACCAAAAGAAAGGCUUUAUCCUCUAAAUCUUUCAACAUUAAAUCAUCCCCAUUCAAUUCCACUAAGAAACCAAUAAUUCUUUCAAAAUUAUCACCUUCUAAAUCACAAUCCAGUUCUGCUUCUCCAGUAAGGAAACAACCAAAGUUAACAUUCUCAAUAUGGGAAGAUCAACCUAAUCAAGAAGAUAGAACUGAAACAAUCGAGGAUGAUGAAGAACCUAUUUCAAACAAACAAAAUAAUCAUGAUCAAGAAAACAUAUUACAACCAAAGAAACAUGAAAUAAGUAGAUUUCAGGCAAUUAGAAAACCAUUAGCACCAUUAAGUAUCAAUGAAUUCCCCGGGUUUGUUUCAUUUGCUAACUCAUCAAUUCCUCGUCAAUUAACUCAAUUAUAUCAUCCUCCAAAUUUCAAUAAUGAAUUCAAAUCAUUACAUAAAAAGCUGAACCUUCCAAGUUUUGUAACACCAUCUAGACGUAAUAGAGAUAAGUAUUUAGUAGUUUCUAAUCGUAAGAGUUUAGAUGAAUGUCCAUUUGAUGAGGAUGAAGAUAAUGAUAUCGAUGAAACGGAGUUAUAUUUGAUUAAAAAACAACAACAAAGAUUGUCAAGUACAGUUAGAAAUAAUAUAAUUAGAAAGCAUACGCGAUCCUUGUCUGUUGGUAAGAAUGAAUCUAAAUUGAGUUUGAUUAGAAAGAAUAAUUUUACUAUAGUCUCUAAUUAG